AUGGCCGUCACCUCUAUUUCAACCCCUUUUGACUUCACCCUUCCUUCCUCCGGUAGCUCCAUCAAAAAGCCCAUCAAAUCAGUCUCCAAGCCAUGCUUUGGCUGCGAUUGUGGCGAUGAAGAACAACCCAGAGUGUCACGAUUAUCGGAGCGAAUUAGUCGCAUUGAGCAACUUCUCGCAGACAACUUGAUGGGUGAUCAUACCUCUGAAGUGCCUGGAGACUCACCUCGAUCUUUCGAAGCAAACACGACGGCUGACACGACGGCCAGCAGCUCCCCAGGCAACACUCAACCUCCGGACUCGUCGUCAGUGCGAGUUCACUUUGCGGGCAAAGAGUUGGGUGUCAUCAGUUUACUCACAGGCACGCCGUUCCUCUUUCCCGAGGGACGGGAAUGGAUCAAAGCUCGCACCGGACAAGAGGUUGUCAUGGACAAACUGAGCCCGGCGCGAGUACCUUGGGAUAAAGCCCGCGGGAAAACCUUCAACACUGUCUUGAUGAAUAUUAACAACACUUGCAAUCCCUAUGAACUUCCCGACUGGAGAACAGUGCGGGUGUACUUCGAGGCCUAUAAGAGUUCCAAGGUGAUGCGGCGCAUCUUUCCUGUUAUAGACCCGGAGCUUUUUGAGGAGACCCUCACCACAGCUUACAGUCAAUCACCAUCUACCUUUGAAUAUGGCCAAGCUAGCGCCAGGGUCUGUGUCAUUGCAUUUCUUACCUUUAUUUCUCGCCUCCCUGACGUCAAAGAUAUUGUCACCGCGACUACUACGAUCACUCCAAUCGAUCACGAUCUACUUUCCACCAAGGCACAGUUCUUUAUGCCUCAAGUAUUACAAGAGCCUGCCAGUCUGGAUGCAGUGCAGGCUAUUACGAUGUUGGCUCUCUUUGAGCUGUCCUCGGGAAACAUGCGGGCAGUCAACUACUAUGGAGCAGUUGCUGCGCGACUCAUUUUCAUGCUUGGUGGAAAUCAUUUUAGCAGUCAGACCAUCUCGACGGAUAAGCACAGCCAGCAAAAGCAUUCACAGCUACGGAAUCUAUUCUGGAUUUGCUAUACGGUUGAUAAAGACCUUGCCCUGCGCACAGGUCAGCCACCUAAUAUCACGGACGAAAAUUGUGACCUGACCCUUCCGCCGGGUUAUCUUGAUCGAGCAUUCUUGGACGUGGAAGACAAUGAGGCCCCAUGGUACGGUCCAGUAUUUCCAUUCGACUUGCGCCUAAGUAUCAUCAAAGCUCGAGCGCAUCGAGAGCUAUAUUCACUCAGCUGCCUCCAAAAAUCGGAUGCCGAGCUGCUCAAGUCAAUCCGAGAACUAGAUGAUGCGCUAGAAGAAUGGCGGCUGUCAGUCCCUCCCAAAUGGCGUCCAACCGUGUCCUUUUCGUCCGAGGCAUCCGAUCCCAACAUGGGUAUGCAUACUGUCAUGCUGCGUCUGAACUAUCAUCUAUGCAUGACCAUAAUCCAUCAAGCGAGUGGAAGAUGCAAGGCGUGGAUGCAAGGACAAAGUGGCAUGAUGGAUGGGGUGAGUUCAAGUAUGGCACUUUCAGUAGAGGCCAGUCGAUCAAGUCUAUGUUACCUCAAUGCAGCAGAGCAUGUGGUAGUCGACGGAGUUUUUUGGACCCUAAUCUUCUACCCCAUGUCCGCGCUGCUCACCAUCUUCUGCAAUAUUCUUCAGAACCCAUUGGACCCACAUACUCGCGAAGACUUGGACCGAUUGCAUGUCGCCACGGUUAUGAUGGAGCGUAUUUUCUCACGAAAACUGCCUUCAAGUGAGCUUGUGCAUUUCAAAUUGGUCGGCGAUUUCAUUGUGGAAUUGGAGCGAUUGGCUGAAUGCGCCAUUGACAAGGCCUGGGCGGAGCAGCGCGCCUCUUAUUGA